CUCCUGAAUAGCCUCCUGAUACAAGUCAUCUGAGAAGUUUUCAACACACGUGUUUCUGAGAAAAACUACAAGAGCUACUUAAAAUUCCUGAGAGGACCAUGGAGAAUGUAUCCAAAGUCGCAUCGUUUACUCUCACUGGACUAAUGGAUAUAAACAACUACAAAUAUGUAUAUUUUGCCAUCACCCUUGUUGGAUAUCUGCUAAUCAUUUGUUUUAACUGCAUUUUGAUUUCCAUUAUAUAUCUAAACAAAAGUCUUCACGAGCCCAUGUACAUCUUUCUCUGUGCUUUACUUGUCAAUGCUCUCUAUGGGACUUCUGCUUUCUACCCUAAACUAUUGACUGACUUGCUGUUUGACGUCCACUUGAUUUCCUACGCUGGAUGCUUACUUCAAAUAUUUGUUCUUUUCACUUAUGCUGCAUCUGAAUUUACAAUUUUAACAGUAAUGGCAUAUGAUCGGUAUGUGUCCAUUUGUAAACCUUUACACUACCAUAGCAUUAUGACACCUUCAUCUGUUAAAAUAAUGUUGUUUUUAGCCUGGCUUUUCCCUGUCUGUUUGAUAGGAGUCAUUGUUAUUUUAACUAGCAGACUAACUCUUUGCGGUACUAAAUUAGAAAAAUUUUACUGUGACAACUGGUCAGUGGUAAAGCUAUCUUGUGUGGACACAACAGUAAACAAUGCUGUUGGGUUUCUUGUAUUAAUAAUUGUAGUGUUUCCACCUCUGGGUUUCAUUGUAUAUUCUUAUAUUCAAAUACUUAAAAUCUGUCUCAGAAGUUCAAAGGAAUAUAGAAUAAAAGCGCUGAACACAUGUAUGCCACACCUUUUAACAGUUGUCAACUAUUCCAUUAAUGUUCUGUUUGAAAUAAUUAUUGGCCGACUCCACACAGGUGUGCCACAAAUCAUACGUAUACUUAUGUCUGUGGAAUGUUUAGUUAUUCCUCCUCUAUGCAAUCCCAUUAUUUAUGGUCUGAAACUGCAAGAGAUUCGUAAGAGGGUAAAACAAAUGUUAUUCAUAAGAAAAGUAGAAAUACCCAAAACGUAAGA